AUGGGAGCCCAGCCCUGUAAUCUGCUCCCAGCAAGAAGGCGCGCCUCUCUUUCCUCUGCAGCCCCCACCGGAAGAACCUCAGCUGCGGAGGACGGCAGCCUGCUGGGUCAUCCGUGGUUCUCGGAGAACUGUGACCGUUACGCUGUCGAGAGUGCCCUGCUCCGAUGCCAAAAGGACGGGGCCUACACCGUGCGCCCCAGCUCAGGGUCUCGUGGCUCCCAGCCCCUCACCCUGGCAGUGCUGCUCCACGGCCGGGUCUUCAACAUUCCCAUCCGGCGGCUGGAUGGUGGGCGCCACUAUGCCCUGGGCCGGGAGGGCAGGAACCGCGAGGAGUGCUUCUCCUCCGUGGCUGCCAUGGUCCAGCACUACAUGCAGCACCCCCUGCCCCUCGUGGACAGACACAGUGGCAGCUGCCAACUCACCUGUCUGCUCUUCCCCACCAAGCCCUGACACCCAGCGGACGCCCACACCCACCUCUGGCCCCAUCAGUUGCUCCUUGCCCCAUCCAUCUGUCCACUUGGGUUGUCUCCCUCUCUCCACCACCCCCCCAGCCCCUCCUCAUCCCUGUCCCAGUCUCUGCAGGCCCAGAUGAGAGGCACUGGGAAAGGUUUCCCAGAAUCAGAAAGGGCCCCGAGACCCCACGCCAUGCUCACCCCGAGCCUGGCCCUGUGCUCUCUGCUGCCUCUCCGAGCCUGGGAGGCAGGCUCAGGCGGGCCCCCAGUCCCAGCCCCCAGGAAUGGCCGUGUCCAGCCUGUUACUAGGGCCUCCAAGCUGCCCUGGAUGAAGGCCUGCUCAGGGAACCUGAGCCUCCCGGGGACAGCCGGGCACUGCUGGGACACAAAGAAUCCUCUCGCAUGCUUUUGGGGGCUUAACACAGGGCUGGCAUCUGGGAGGGACUUGGUUGCCCUGCACUAUUUUGCUCUCAAUAAAUAUUUGUUGAGCCCUAGCUGGUUUGGCUCAGUGGAUAGAGCGUUGG